GGCUAUAAAGAAAUGGAGGCGGCGGGGCGCGGCCUGGCGGCAGCAUGACCGAAGUGAAGGUGGCGGUGCUGGGCGGCAGCGGAGCUGGAAAGUCGGCUCUGGCGGUCCGGUUUCUUACCCGGCGGUUCAUCGGGGAGUACGCGUCCAAUGCCGAAUGCAUCUAUACAAAACACUUGUGCCUGGAUGGGAGGCAGAUACACUUGGAAAUUUAUGACCCCUGUUCACAGCCACAGCGGGGGAAGCUCUCCCUCACAGAUGAGCUCCACUGGGCUGAUGGAUUUAUCAUUGUUUAUGACAUCAGUGACAGAGCAUCAUUUGCAUUUGCAAAAGCACUGCUGUACAGGAUCCGAGAGUCUCACAUAGGAGCUUGUAAAAAAAUGGUCGAGUCAUCAAUAUUUUUGGUUGGUAAUAAACAGGAUUUAUGCCACAUGAGGGAAGUUGGCUGGGAUGAAGGACAAAAGCUGGCAAUGGACAACAAGUGCCAAUUCAGUGAACUGUCUGCAGCAGAACAUUAUCAGGAAGUUGUGACAAUGUUCACAAAAGUCCUCAGGAAUAUCACCUCAAAUUUCAAAGCAAAGGAAAAGAGGCGACCCAGUGGAUCAAAGUCAAUGGCCAAGUUAAUCAACAAUGUGUUUGGAAAGAGAAGGAAAUCUGUGUAAAAGAUGGUUAGUCUUCAAGUAGGAAUGUGCUGAAAUAAUGGAGCACAGGCAGCUCUUGGGAUUCAGACAGUUUCUUCCAAGGGUCAGUGUCUGGAGGAGUAAGAUAGCAGAAACCAACAGUGGAAGAUAAGUAUGGUCAAGUGGACAAGGUCUAAACCUGCAAGACCUGGCCUUCUAUUUCCAGUUCUACCACAGAUUUACUGUGUUAUGGCUACGUCACUUAAAAUCUGAAGAUACUCCUCUCACCCUAAGUCUUAAAAAGUUCCUUAGAGGAGAUUUAGUCUGUAUUUAUUCAACAGCAAUAUGGUUCUGGAUAGAACUUCUAGGUUUUAUUGAAGCAUGAGCAGUUAUUUCCAGUAAAAUCAGCCUUGCUGGUCAAAAUCAUACUUCAGAAUUGGGAGAAGCAGUUGGUCUUUAGGCAAGAACUAAAGAAAAGUUAAAUACUGCUGCUCUACAUGAUAAUGUAUUUGUAUAUAACUCAAGGAAGGAUAGCUCAGAUCCUUGUGUGCCUGAAGGUGCCUAACACCUUCUGAAAUUCAUAAAAAUUAAAUGCUUAGACACCAAAUCUGUGAAAGGUAUUUACUUGCAAACCUGCCUUGCAGAGGCAGCAGAAGAGCAGAUAAACGAAGCAGUAUUGUCUCCUGUUUUAGGAUUAUUUUUUUUUCCUUUUUUGAGUGAUGAAAGAAAGUAGAGAAGGCUGAGGAAGGUGGGAACUAAAAUGUUAGUGAAAUGUUAGUCGAUGAGCACUGGGCUGUUUUGGAAAGGUCAUUGUAGAGUGAAAUAAUUUUAUGGCUAGGGCCAGUGUAACAUAUCAGGCAGAUCCCUUUCACUGAGCAGUUUUAGGGGCUGUAACAAAGUUUUCUUACCUGUGAGGUGGAUGUGCCUGUUCAGUUCUAGAUGGUAGCAGGACCUUGAAAAACAAAACACAUAGACUGGUGAAAAACACAAGUUCUUUAGGAUUUCUGCCUGGAUUUGAAGGUCAGCCUGCUAGUUAGACCUGUGCUUCAAAGGACAGUGUUUUUCCUAAGGACCAAUGUCAUUACAACUAGUCAUUAGUGUGGUAUUGAAAUGCCAUUUUAGAGAGCACUAAGGCAUAUGUUAUGCACUUCUAAGCGUGAAUAUUAAACAUCAGAUGGGUUUAACUGAGUUGUCAAUUCAGAGCUCUUGCUGUAGACUUAACUAAAUAAGAGCUUAGCCCGGUAUAUUUGACAGUGCUGUGCUUACACAGGAGUUAUGAAAGGGAAAUGAUGUGGAGUUACUGCUUCCUACUCAUUCCAGAGGACACUAAGAUUCAGUCUUUGUAAGCUGCUGAGUUGAAGCCUACCUCUGCUCUGAAGUUUUACCUGCAUUGAAACUAGUAAAAUUACUUUUCUCUGGCACAGCAGAAUACUUAUUUUCAGAUCCCGCAUAAGAUAACAUGAGGAAAAAAAGCUGUAUAAUCUUAGCAUUACUGUUUACUCUAGUAAAUAAAACUAAAGCCCAUUUUAAUAAGUGUUGACCAAAGAUCACUUCCUUUUUUUAAAGGAAAAUACACAAUAUAUAUUUCACUUGUUUGAAGACUACAGUUAUUGGAAUAUUGUUCUCAAUGCUGACAACCACAGUGUUCCUUUAUUUCUGAUUUCUGUACAGGUGCUUCUCUGCCAUAUUAGAAGCAGUGUAUUCAAUUGUAUUGCCAAAAUCUAUGAGGCUGAACUUGAAGACUACAGCUUUCCAGCACACACAGAGUUCCAGAUCUACUAAGAGACUGUUGAUUUGUCAUGUAGCUAUAUCUCCCAAGUUCUAGCACUGGCAGAUGAGAGACCUCUUACCUGUAUUUACUGCUAUGGUAUUAAAUAAACUGGAUAUAAGAUGGA